AUGGCGGUUGCGAUCAUCUGCCUGGCCAUCUUCGCUCCACAUGCAUCAGCCGACGGCAGCGCGGGUGCUCUGCCGGAGGACGUACAGGACACGGUGGUCCCGGCCACGUCGCCACCGGAAAAACAAGACGCCCCGACCGACACCGGCGCUCCUGCAGGCGGGCUGGCGGACUCGAAGAAGGGCUCGUGGUGGGCCUACAGGCACAUCCACAUCGUGAACGAGCUGAGCGGCGGGCGGGCCGUGACGGUCCACUGCAAGUCCAAGAACAACGACAUGGGGGUCCACGUCGUCCCGCCCGGGUCCGAGUACCAGUGGCGGUUCAGGCCCAACAUCUUCGGGAUCACGCUCUUCUGGUGCCACGUGGCGAAGGGCAACGUCGAGGUCGUUUUCGAUGCGUAUAACGAGGAGGAGAAGGACCCCUGGGAGAGGAUUCACAUGGACAACACGUACUGGGUCGCCAGGGACGACGCCGUUUAUCUCCGCCAGUUUUGGAAGAACAACAACAUGGUUUUAUGGCGUCGUUGGCCCUAA